AUGAUAGAAUAUUUUAUCCCCAUUUUUUUAAAUGGUCACGAAGAGUUACUUAAAUCCGAAAAGAAAGUUUUUACAACCAAUGAUGGCCAAACCAUUUCAUCUAGUGUCCUCCGUAAGGUCAUUAAUGAUGUUGAGUUUUCAAACCAUUGGGACGAGAUGCAUAAAGGUCAUAUUGGAAGAGAUGCCACUUACCAAAAAUUCAAGUCAAUGUAUUUUUGUACUGGUAUGUGGGUAAUGGUUGAUAAUGCAGUCAAGCAAUGUGAUAUAUGCCAAAGAAACAAAAUUAAGGGUAUCAAUAAAGAAUAUGUUGCAAUUGAAGAUACUGAAGAGUAUUCAAGAAUGGUUUUUGAUUUAACAUCUUUAAAAGGAGAGCAUAGAAAUAAUGAUAUCAUUAUAGAAUCUACCGAUAGAUUCUCUUCUAAUUGGGAAACUAUCAAAAAUGAUAAUGUAAAAGAAGCAAACGAUUCACACAUUGUCUAUAUUCUUAUUUGUGUCGAUUCUUUCACAAAAUUUGCAACUGGAAGAUGUCUUACAUAUAAAAAAGCAGUUCCAAUUUACAAUUUUUUGGCCAUUACAUACAAAGAUAAACUUAUCAAGAAGUGGCAUUGCGAUAAUGGAAAGGAAUUCAAAAACAAAGUGUUUGAUCAAUUUCGCGAGUUUGCAUUUCUUUCAUCCAAAGCUGCUCAUGGAGCACUUCGUACACCAACAACUCAAGGAAUGGUGGAAAGAGUAAAUCAAGAAAUUAAAAAAUUAAUAAGAAAUUUUCAAAAGGAAGACUCUUAUUUAGAAUUAGGCCUUGGAAGUAUAUGUAAUAGAAAACACAGAGCUAUCGGCAUGUCACCUUAUCAAGCAAUCGGAAUUAAACCAUUAUUUCAAACAUGCUACAUUA